GAGAUUUUGUAUCUGCGAAUAAAAAGAGGAGAGGGAAGUCAGAAAAAAAAACAAAAAAAUCGGAAAAAGUUUGAAAAAGAAAAUUAUCUUUAUUAUUUUUUUUUUGUUUUUUUUUGUGUUGAUUUGAGAUGGCACAGGUUCAGGUGCAGCAGCAGCAGCCACAGGGUGGUGUGAAUAAUGCUGGUGGUGUGAACAACCAGUUUGUGACGUCACUGUACGUGGGUGACCUUGAUGUCAAUGUGACCGAUUCACAGCUGUAUGAUCUGUUCAAUCAGCUGGGGCAAGUUGUUUCGGUUCGGGUUUGCAGGGACUUGACUAGCCAACGGUCGCUCGGUUAUGGUUACGUCAAUUAUGGGAACCCUCAAGAUGCUGCAAGGGCGUUGGAAGUGCUGAACUUUACUCCUCUCCAUGGAAAGCCAAUCAGGAUAAUGUACUCAAACCGAGACCCAACUAUACGAAGAAGUGGCAAUGGGAACAUAUUUAUUAAGAAUUUGGACAAGGCAAUUGACCACAAAGCAUUACAUGAUACAUUUUCUGCAUUUGGAAAUAUUCUCUCUUGUAAGGUAGCUGUGGAUUCAUCUGGUCAGUCCAAGGGCUAUGGGUUUGUGCAGUAUGACAGUGAAGAAGCUGCCCAAAAAGCUAUUGAGAAACUGAAUGGUAUGCUGCUGAAUGAUAAGCAAGUAUAUGUAGGACCCUUCGUUCGUAAGCAUGAAAGAGAUAUGGCUGUGGAUAAGACAAGAUUUACCAAUGUAUUCGUGAAGAAUUUAUCUGAAUCAACGUUAGAGGAAGAGCUCCGGAAAAUCUUUGGUGAAUUUGGUGCUAUUACUAGCGUCGCAGUUAUGAAGGAUGAAGAUGGAAAAUCCAGGUGCUUUGGAUUUGUCAACUUUGAGAAUGCUGAAGAUGCUGCUAGAGCUGUUGAAGCUCUGAAUGGUUACAAAUUGGAUAACAAAGAUUGGUUUGUAGGAAGAGCUCAGAAGAAAUCAGAGAGGGAAAUGGAAUUAAAACAUCGGUUUGAGCAAAGUGCCAAGGAGGCAGUUGACAAAUCACAAGGUUUAAAUCUAUACAUAAAAAAUUUAGAUGACAGCAUUAGUGAUGAAAAGCUUAAGGAAUUGUUCUCUCCGUAUGGCACAAUCACUUCAUGCAAGGUUAUGAGAGAUCCUAGUGGGGUAAGCAAAGGAUCAGGAUUUGUUGCAUUCUCAAACCCUGAAGAGGCUUCAAGAGCGCUUUCGGAGAUGAAUGGAAAGAUGGUUGUUAGCAAACCUCUGUAUGUUGCCCUUGCGCAACGCAAGGAAGAGAGAAGAGCAAGGUUACAGGCUCAGUUUUCUCAGAUGCGUCCAAUUGCAAUGGCAUCUUCAGUUGCUCCUCGAAUGCCGAUGUACCCUCCUGGCGGUCCUGGUCUAGGUCAACAAAUAUUCUAUGGCCAGCCACAACCAGCUAUGCUUCCCCCACAAGCUGGUUUUGGAUAUCAGCAGCAACUUGUACCUGGAAUGAGGCCUGGUGGGGGACCCAUGCCUAAUUUCUUUAUGCCCAUGGUUCAGCAAGGGCAGCAAGGUCAACGUCCCGGAGGCCGACGCGGAGGUGCUGUUCCAUUGCAGCAGGGCCAGCAGCCAGUUCCAUUGAUGCAGCAACAGAUGUUUCCAAGGGGGCGUGGAUAUCGGUAUCCUCCAGGACGUGGCCUCCCCGAUGUAGCUUUUCCAGGUGUAGGUGGUGGCAUGUUCUCUAUCCCAUAUGAUAUGGGUGGCAUGCCUGUUCGUGAUGCAGGAAUUGUUCAACCUAUUCCAGUAGGGGCUUUGGCUACUGCUCUGGCUAAUUCUUCUCCAACAGAGCAAAGGACGAUGCUAGGUGAAAACUUGUACCCCUUGGUCGAACAGUUGGAGCCAGAAACGGCUGCCAAGGUGACUGGCAUGCUCUUGGAGAUGGACCAGACUGAGGUAUUGCACUUGCUUGAGUCGCCUGAAGCCCUGAAAGCCAAGGUUGCAGAGGCUAUGGAGGUUCUGAGGAAUGUUUCUCAGCAGCAGUCGAGCAAUCCGGCCGAUCAGUUGGCUUCAUUGUCACUGAAUGAUGGUCUGGUUUCUUAAGUUCAAAAAUAUUUAAUGCUCUUCACCGUCAAGUACUAUUCAUCUCUAGGGUGAUUUCACUUUUGGAUUUUCUUCACCUAGACAAUCUCUUAGACUUCAUUGCUUGACUAGCAUAUUGUUGGGGUUGCAUUUCGUUUCAGUUUUUGGAGUUUCUCAGACAACUGGUUUACCAGAACCUUUGCGCUGGUACUUUUAUUUAUGGCUUUUGACAACUUUGGAUUAUUUCUUUGGUUUACUUUUUUGGUACA